AUGGCCCAAUCAUCAGAACUACCUGUAGACCCUGAACCGCCGGCCAACGCUCUCGUGCGGAAUCAUCAGUCGCCACCUCCAACCGAAGUUCUCGAGCUUCAGGAGAUUCAAACACGAGAGGACGAUGAGCAAUUGAAUUACUCCUCGGCGUCCGCCUCCUCUGGCGAGGAAUAUCGGGUGACCACACGAACAGCCUCGCGAUCGAGUGUGCGUCGCCCGCGCCCCGAGCGCAAAGGUGCCUGGAAGAAAGUUUGCAGUUUCUGGACUCAUAAUGUCACCAUGACGGUGCCUCAGAAGAGCAAUCGCGACCACCUAGCCCUCGAAAGAACAUUCCUCGCAUACAUCCGCACAUCGGUUGUCAUUGCUAUGCAAGGGGUUCUAAUCGCACAAUUAUUCCGCCUUCAACGACCAACCACGCCCCAAGAUCGCCUAAGAUUCUAUGAGGUUGGUAUCCCACUCUCCGUGGCCUGUCACUGCGUGGCAAUUAUAGUGGCCUUGAUCGGGGCGUAUCGAUUCUGGAGGCAGCAAAGUGCUAUUUCUCUAGGGAAAGUUCACGCUGGAGGAUGGGAGCUUAAUUGGGUGGGAAUUUUACUCGGCUUGUUGAUUUUGGUGACUCUCAUACUAUCUGUUGCGAUUCUCAUCGAGAUUGAUCUACACCCGUCAACGCUGAUCCAACGAGUUUUCUGA